AUGGCAUGCAUCAAAUUGAAAAAAUUAGAAGAAUAUUUACAAGGCGUGGACGGAUUUGAGAAGCCCAAAAUUUUGCUCGAGCAAUAUGUUACACCGUCACACAUUGCAAGCGUCAUGCUCUACACAAUCCAAACCAAAUAUAAUGAUAUUGAGAAUAAACUGGUAGCCGAUUUAGGUUGCGGCUGCGGCAUGCUGAGUAUCGGGUCGUUUUUACUGGGGGCAACGCAUACAGUUGGCUUCGACAUCGAUCCUGAUGCAUUGGAGAUUUUCCGUGCAAAUGUCACUGAAAUGGAGCUGCCCGGAGUCGAUAGUGUGAAUUGUGAUGUGGUGGCUGAUUUAUCGAGCGAGACUUCCAAGUGGCGCAAGGCUUUUGAUUCAGUUUUAAUGAAUCCACCAUUUGGCACGAAAAAGAAUGCAGGAAUGGAUAUGAAAUUUUUAGUGAGCGGAUUCAAACUCGCUCGAACUGCCGUUUAUUCAUUGCACAAGACGUCGACGCGUGAUUUUAUUCAGCGCAAAGCCACGGAAUUGGGAGCCAAAGCCGAAGUUUUUGCAACAUUGCGAUACAAUUUGGAUUCGAGCUACAAAUUUCAUAAAAAGACCACCGUUGACAUUGAAGUGGAUUGUUGGAGAUUUGACGUUAGCAACAUAGACAAAUUAGAAAAUUGAUAAGAAAAUGAAUGCUGAAAUUCUAUUUGCAAUUGUAAUUGGAAUUUUUUAUUUACAUAAUUUACAAAACAAUGGAUUUUAUCGCGUGAAAAUUAUAUUCUACUAAAUAAAGAUUGAUUAAUAUUGAAAUAAUUAAGAAUGUA